AUCAAUAUGGAAUAUGGAAAACGAAGAUUCGCAGAACUCCAUCGACAAUGAAACUAAGUAUUUAUUAAAGAUUAUCAAGGAACUUGAGGACAAGAACGCCUUACUUGUCGAAGAACUUGGAUUGUGGAAGCAAAAAUGUAGAUCCCUUGAAGAAAGGCUAACCAACACAAAAAACGAAAAAGCAGGUUCAUCAUCGUACUCCAACCAAGUAAAAAAGGUAAACAUAAACACUACGGCUAAGCAACGUGAAGCCAGCAGUGCCAGCAGUGAGGCGACGGUCGUGACCUCUAGGCAAACUGUCAGUAAUACAGAAAUCCGGUCUGAAGUCUGCAACGAUGAAGUGGCGACUGCUCCGGAACUAGAAGACAUCGCUAGUGAACAACAAAAAGAAGAAUUCGAAGGUCGUUUCGAGUUCCAAAGAAAACAAACGCGUAAACAAAAAUAUAACCAUCAAAAACAAAGAAAGUCCCUGGAAUAUGGUGAAUGUAAUGACGAAGAAUUUAAUCUUGCCGGGGAUAAUAAAGAUAAAAAAAUUUGGCUUUUCCUGUCGAAAGUUAAUGAGACCAUCACAGCAAAUACAAUCAGCGAUUAUAUUGUAAAACACGCAAGUACUACUGCCAAUGAAAUACAGAAAAGAAACCAGACAUUUUUUGUGUCUCAGAGCAUUGGCUGCAGCGAAAUGAUAUAAACUCUGUAGUUUUAGACAAUUAUCUGCCCAUCAGCCAUUCAUCACGAACAGAAUUCCGUGGAGGAGGCACAGCAAUUUUUGUAAACUCAGACCUUACCGUUGAAAGCUUAAGGGCUAACACUGAGUGUAUUGAAAUACACUGUGAGUAUUGCAUUUCACAAUUUACAUUAAAUAAUAAACAUUAUAUUGUGAUUUGUAUAUAUAGGUCACCUACAGGGAAUUUAGAUUUAUUUCUAUCUACGCUUCAUGAAGUUUUAAAUUAUGUUAAAUAAAUAUCUGCUGGUUUGCGGGGAUUUUAAUGUAGAUUUCUUAGUUCAUU